AUGAAGGCCCUUCGCCGCUCUCUCAAAGGGGAGAAAGAUCCCAAACCCCACCAUCACCAUCAUUUGUCAAUCACCCCCAAGUCCGCCGUCGCAAUUCUCCCUCCUAAGAAGGUAAUAAAGGCGCUCUACGACUACCAACCCGAACCAGGAAACACGCAGGAAUUGGCUUUCAGCAAGGGAGACUUUUUCCACGUUAUCAGCAGGGAGGACAACUUGGACUGGCUCCGAGUUCGGCUCCAGCAGUUCGAAAUCUUAUCAAUCGCACCCCGCACUUCCUAG